AAUAUGCUACAAAGUAUCCUAAGCAUCUUUGCUCAUUCAACAGGAACUCCAGCAAAGGUUAUUGACCUGCUUGCUCAUGCUGGCCUUUCUGUGAGCAUCUCGUCUAUCAAAAAGGCAGUAGUGUCACUGUCAGUCAAAGCUGGUAUCCACAUUAAACAAUCCAUACACACCUUGCAAAUGGCACUCACAUACAAUAACUUUGAUAUCGACUUCAAAACCUCUCAGCCCACUGUUGAACAUCAAUCAACAUUCAUCAGUGUAAUCUCAGCAAUGGUGAUUCCAUUG